AUGCUUUCCUCCCUGCUCUGCCUGGCAGCGUCUCUUCUGUCACCAUUUGUUCUAGCUCUACCUAGCGAACAACAUGGUCAUCCUCAACAACCAUUCUUCUACAAAGGAUUCGACCUCUCCUCCCUCAAGAUCCUAGAAGAUGGUGGUGCGAUCUACAAAGACACCGCCCGAUGGAAUGCUACCCGGCCAGUGGAAGACAUCCUCGGAGAUGGCGGGAUGAAUGUUGUCAGAUUGAGGCUUUGGGUAAAUCCGACUGUGCCUUAUGAUGGAGGAUAUUACGAGACGUAUGAGCUAAACUAUACUCUCACUCAGGCGAAGAGAUUCCAUAAGAAGGCGUAUAAGAUCUAUCUCGAUUAUCACUUCAGCGACUACUGGGCCGACCCACACAAGCAAUGGCAACCAGUAGCCUGGCCAACAACCCUCAAGCCUCUCGCAGCCGAACUCCGCAAGUACGUCUCGACAACCUUGAGAGCCUUCACCGACGCCGGUAUCGAUCUCGCCCUCGUGAGUCUGGGGAACGAGAUCCGAUACGGAAUGCUCUGGCCUCUCGGCUGGGCGGAUGUCGAUGUCGAACCAAGAUCCGCUCGAAUUGCCAACUUCACAAAUCUCGCAACACUCUAUCAGUCUGCUCGACUAGGCGUGAACGAUGCCGUUGCUUCUGGAACGCCCAAGCCGCAGGUCAUGAUCCAUAUUGAUAAUGGCUGGAAUUUGACACUACAGGAGAGAUGGUUCUCUUCGUUGACAGCCACCGGCAAAGUCAAGACGAGUGAUUGGGAUGUCUUUGGCUUUAGCUUUUACCCCUUUUAUGGGACAGCCGCAACGCUGGCGAACUUGAGGACCAGUCUCAACACCAUCGCGAGAAAGUAUGGCAAGCCGGUUCAUGUUGUGGAGACGGACUGGCCCGCGAUAUGUACCGGAGCGGACGCACCAGAAUUGAGUGAGCCUGAGAUUCCAGCAUCUAUCGGAGGACAGCUUCAGUGGGUACGGGAUGUCGUAGACGUUGUGAAGCAAGUACCCAACGGCCUUGGUCAAGGCGUCAAUUACUGGGAACCUGCUUGGCUGAACAACACGGGCUUAGGCAGCGCUUGCCAAGAUGCCAUCCUCUUCGACACAGAUUGGAGCCAGUACCCGAAAGUCACGGCAUACAGCCGCCCAAGUGUAAACAUUUUCAAAGGAGUAUGA